ACUGCAGCUCGUGGUUACGUGGCGAGCGCGCACACAGAGUUCUGGCCCGAGGCGCGCUCGUCAGACAGUCUUCGGGGGAAGAGCGCGACAAGUCAACAAGUGAACUGACGAUCCUGCUGUGAAAAAUCAUCUCCCAUCGCAACACUUAGGACGCCAUCCAGAUGAAAGGACCAUCGUUGAUUGAAACAACGUUAAUAUUUCUGAUACAGCCCAGCAAAGCGCUGUCGCUGAACUAUGAGAUCAUCGAGGGUGGAGGCGACGUGACGUUAGAAACGGUAGUUGAUUAUGUGAAUCAGGUGUUUCACGAGCAUCUGGAGAUGGAGAGCAGUUUACUUCUGGUGAACUACGACUCCUACGCGAGGGCAGAUGUGGUCAACGACGUGGUGAGGCACUUGAAUCGCGCUGGGCAACCUCUCGUGACGACUGUGGUUUCUUCGCGCUCCGAUCAAGACGACGGACCAUCUUCCAACGCAAGCACUCUCACGGGAUAUUCUCGCGCGCCCUCCAUAGCUUUGUACCGACACGAAAACGUGGAAAACAGUAUUUCUUUCGUAACUUUCAGGGACACUUACGAGGAGAAAUGUUUCGCUGACGAGGCGUGGGCUCGGACGCCGAUCUGGAAUGCCAAAGCGCGUUUUCUCUUGGUUGUCACGUCUCCAGUUGAAGAAAACUUUACCAAAAUGACUGGAAUGUUCCGGGACUGUUGGAAAACAGCAAAUUUGCUCAACUUGGCAAUAAUUUACUUGCAGCUUCAUCCCACCAAAUUUGCCCGUGAACGUCACGUCAUUCGCUCCAAGACAUUUAAUCCGUUUGUACAUCCGGAUGGUGUGAUGAACGUUACUGCUGGGACCAGAAGCAAACGUGAGUACGGGAUGUUUCAGGAUAAGUUAAAAGAUAUGCAUGGCUACGAGAUACCUGUCUUCCUGAAUCAUUCACACCCGUUCUUGACAGUAACACAAGAUGGAAGCAAGAUAGCUUUCGAUGGUCCAGAUGGACAAAUCUUCAAUCUACUUUUGGCUAAGCACAAUUUCACUCCAGUAUCUUCAACUAACGAGAAGAGACUGGAAUAUCGAAAAGGAGUGUCCAUGAAGCUAGACGAAAAACAUUACUACAAGAAUGCCUUGAUUGCGAAUGAAGAGGCUUUGCUACCUUUUAACUUCAAGCGUUCAUGUUACCCGUUUUAUCAGGACUACAUAGCAGUUAUAGUACCCAAGGCACUGCCUCUUCCCAGAUACAUGAACGCGAUACUACCUUUCACUGACGGCAUAUGGACACUGUACUUGCUCUCGUUGAUUUCAUUGUCUGUAGUUUGGCCAGUUUUGAACCAUUUUGGUAAGCUCGAAACAGUUCAUAUAUGGAACGCAGCAUUUGAAACAUUCCAGCUUGUCAUCACCGGAGGAACCAAAGUGAAGAGGCGUUCGCUUGUUCAGAGACUCUUCAUCGCAGCGUGUUUGGUCUUCUCUCUCGUAAUGAACAAUGCCUACCAGGGUUCCAUGACAAGUCUCCUGACCGUGACGUUGUACCAGCCGGAUCUCAACACGUACGAGGAGAUCCUCGACUCUGAUCUACGAGUCGCUGCUUUCUUCGACGACUCCUUCGUGGAGGAGAGCUCCGAAGGACUGGAGCCGAGCAGUGAUUCGGACGACCCGGACGAUUUCCAAGCCAGGAUCAUCGAGAAGCUGGAAUUCAUCCCGGACGAUCACGAGGCUCUGCGGAUGGCCGCCACCUACAGGAACGUCUGCAGACCCACCUACAGGUUCGUCUCGGAGAUGCUGGUGGAGCACGAUGACUACUACAACGGGGAGGAACCUCUCCUGCACAUCGCGGAGGAGAACUCGUUUCCUCUGCUGGAAGUCUGGUGCCCGCUCGACAGCGACUCCAUGUUCCUGCAGGCGUUGAGCAGCUUGACUGGGAAAGUGGCCGAAGCGGGGAUGAUCAACAAAUGGAGAAGCGACAUGCAGUUCCAGUCGUUGAUUUCCACCGGGAGGCGGAAAAAACAUUACCGCGGGCGCAUAAGGCUAUCCAUGCAACACCUCCAGGCCGCGUUCUUCAUACUUGGAUUUGGAUUCCUUUUAGCUUUCCCGGUUUUUUUGAUGGAAAUGAUUUCCUUACAAAAAUCUGUUAUGAUGAAACGUUUCUUCUUGAACCAUAUUCCUGAAACCUCGUAAAUGCAGUGCUGUUUUCAAUCUAAUAUAAUUUUUUAAAUAUGUAAGAACUUAUGCUGCUUAAAUUUCUGUAAGUAUGGCUUACAGCGAAUUCAUCAAAUUGACAGUGUAAUUUAAGGUUAAUUACUGUACACAAAUGGAUUCUAAUGUACAUUAAUUUCAGUUUAGAUUCACUUGAAGAUCCGUGGUGUAAGGAAAAUGAGAAAAAGGGAAAAGAAGAUAAAAACAAAUGUAUUAAAUAAGGAUUUACAACAACCACGGGAAUUUAUGUCAGUUACAUAAUACGCAAACACUUGUGUUAUAAUUUGAGAAAAUAUUUAAUUUUGCUAUACUUUUUUGUAUUUAUGAACAGUGCUUUUUUCUUAAUUUUUGGAAGGUUAGUUACCAAUUUUAUUAUUCCUAGGGAAUUUUUUUUUUACUUUUAUAUCUUAUAUUAGUGAAUUUUCCCAAAAUGAUAAAUGUACAAAGUUUUAUUUCAAAGAGUUGUUAUUAAUAAUUUAAGAAAACCAUGAAACUUUAAAUAAUCAUAAAUAUGACAAUUUAUUGGCUCUAUUGCAGUACGAUACAUGUAUAUACAAUUAAGUUGGACUCAGUGUUAGAUUUAUUGUAGUGUGUCAAGACAUAACAUGUAUUUUGGUACCAUGUUCCGAUUACAGAAAGAGAUCGCAAAAA